AUUCAGCAUAAGACAUUAGCCUACGCUCUUUUACAAUGUGCGCAUUCCUAUUCUAUGUGUAAUAUAUAUUCCAUGGUCCUUUUCUCAGCCAUUUUGCUUGGUUGUAGACGAUAAUUUUAGUUUCAUCUAAAAAAAUAUAAAGUUUAGAAGAUGCCUUCCGUUACUUUGAAAGACGUCGAUCAACAUGAGUUUGUCAAAACAUUUGCCAGCUUUUUGAAAAAGACUGGAAAAGUAAAGUGCCCGGAAUGGGUUGAUAUUGUUAAAUCAGCACGCUUUAAGGAAUUGGCACCAUAUGAUCAAGACUGGUUCUACAUUCGGUGUGCUGCUGUAGUACGUCACAUUUAUAUUCGCAGCCCAAUUGGUGUAGGUGCUGUGACAAAGAUUUUUGGAGGACGUAAGCGCAAUGGAACACACCCGAGUCAUUUCUGUCGAUCGGCUGGAGGAGUUGCCAGGAAAGUUUUACAAACUUUAGAGUCACUUAAAUUAAUUGAAAAAUCAACAUCAGGUGGCCGUGUACUAACCAGUGCAGGUCGUAGAGAUCUUGACCGUAUUGCUGCACAAAUUAAAGCCAAAAGUAAGAAGCAAAUGAAGUUGCAAGAAACACUUGUUUUAUAAGUUGUAUUUUUACAAUAAAUACAUUUAAAAAAUUUA